GGCAUUACGCAUGCGCAAAUGCCAGCCGGCUCCGGGUUGCUGCUGGGACAGAGAGGGGCCUGCUGCUGGGGCCGGGGGCAGACACAUCAGCGCCGGGUGGCUGUUGAAGAAUGAUCCUUUUAUGUGAGUUGGAGGUCUCCUAGACAACACAUGAAGCAUGACAGAAACUAUAACUUUGUGGCGUCAUUAUGGAGAAGGCUGUAAAUACAUCAGAACCAUUGCCUUCUAAAUCAUCUCAGGUUUCCAGUAAAAAAGAGACGGACUCAACCAAAGAAGUAGACACCAGUAAAAUCCAGAAGGGAAAGCGAGCUGGGUUUGUGCUGGUACAUGCAGGUGCUGGAUAUCACUCAGAAUCAAAAGCUAAGGAAUAUAAACAUGUCUGCAAGCGAGCAUGUAAAAAGGCAAUCGAAAAGCUACAAGCUGGUGAUCUUGCCACAGAUGCUGUUACUGCAGCUCUGGUGGAGUUGGAGGACUCCCCUUUCACAAAUGCAGGAAUGGGUUCAAAUUUGAAUCUUCUGGGAGAAAUUGAAUGUGACGCCAGUAUCAUGGAUGGGAAGUCUUUAAGUUUUGGAGCAGUGGGAUCUUUAAGCGGAAUAAAAAAUCCGGUUCUGGCAGCAAACAAGUUACUGUUUGAAGGACAAAAGGGAAAGCUCUCUGCAGGCAGAAUCCCACCUUGCUUUUUAGUUGGAGAUGGUGCUUUUAAAUGGGCUGUAGACCAUGGCAUACCAACAUGCCCUCAAGACAUCAUGGCUACAAAGUUAAGUCUUGCUGCUUUUAAACGGAACAAAAGAAAACUGGAACUUGCUGAAAAGGUGGAAACAGAUUACAUUCAAUUAAAGAAAAGAAGACAAUCAAGUGAAAAGGAGAAUGACUCAGGAACUCUGGACACUGUUGGAGCAAUAGUUGUUGACCAAGAUGGGAAUGUAGCUGCUGCUGUCUCCAGUGGAGGAUUAGCCAUGAAACAUCCGGGAAGAGUUGGCCAGGCUGCUCUGUAUGGAUGUGGCUGCUGGGCUGAAAACACUGGAGUUCACAACCCUUAUUCUACAGCUGUGAGUACUUCAGGUUGUGGAGAGCAUCUUGUAAGAACCAUACUGGCCAGGGAAUGUUCUCUUGCAUUGCAGGCUGAAGAUGCACACCAAGCUUUGCUAGAGUCUAUGCAAAAUAAAUUCAUUGGCUCACCCUUCUUGGCUAAUGAAGAAAGCAUACUUGGCGGUGUUAUUGUUCUUCGAUCAUGUAGAUGUUCCUCAAAGCUGGAUUCGGCAGACAAUAAGCAGGCUCUGCUAGUUGAGUUCCUGUGGAGCCAUACUACAGAGAGCAUGUGUGUUGGCUACAUGUCUGCUGAGGAUGGCAAAGCCAAGACCCACAUUUCCAGGCUUCCUCCAGGCGCAGUGGCUGGCCAGUCUGUAGCCAUUGAAGGAGGUGUGUGUAGGUUAGAGAGCCCACACAGCUAAACCUUACUCUUCCCUGGUCCACCAGCUGCUCCGUCCUCACAGAUGACACCCUCAUGGAGAUACACUUUGUUUCAGAAGCUCUCGUCAUAGCACAAUAUACACCAUAUAACCAGAACAGCAUGCAGCUGUAUAUCCUGUAGUCUUCUUGUGCCACUGUGAAGGCUUCUUCUGAUAAUAUUAUGCUUACAUCUAGUAGGCUGCUUCAACCUCUCUGUAGAUCUUGGACUUUGUGUCAGUUUGAUGUACCCCUUUUCCUAAUUAUUUCUUCUGUCUCCAAAGUAUAGUGUAUGUUUGUUUUUGACUUGUUCUUUGAUAUUUCACAAUUUUCCUGAUUCGAUUUUCCUUGAAUUUCCAAGUGAUUAUUUUUUUAUUUUAUUUUUUGUAAUUCUGUAUCCCAUUAAAUCCCUGGCUGUUGUAUAGAUAAGUGUACUAAGUGAAGAUGGUAUGGUGGCUCAGAUGCAUUUUUAUUUCCUUACAUAACCUAGGAUUGGUCAGUGUAAUUUAUUCUUUGUAUUUUUUUUGUUUUUUAACCACAUCUGCAUGUAAUUUAUUAAUUAUCUGCACAAUAUGUUAUUUGUUAUAGAUUAUUACUUACUAUAUUCUCUUAAAAUUUAAAGUAUUGUAUGAGAAAAAAACAGAUGUGUCCUUGUUAAUGCAGCACAACCAGUGUCCAAAGCCUAAAUUCAAGUGAUUGAAACUGAUCUGCAAUAACAGUCAUGGCCUAUAGACAAGAGGGGCACUGUUUUAACAAGGAAGCAGCCAUGUUUAUUUUUUAUUUCAUACAGCCCCUUUAAGUGACAGUCUGAAUUUAUUUUAUUUAUGGGGUAUAAGGAGACAUAUUUAUGGUAUGCACAUAUAAUGUUAUAGUAAAAUUAAGGCAAAGGAAAUAUACACAAUACUUAGACACAUUUUAGAGCUUACUCUAAACAUAUGUCAAUUAUAUCUAGGUCUACAGUAUACUUUAGAUGGGCUUCCAAACAAAGCGGAGAUCUUGUAUAACACUUAUUUGCUAGUCCUGCUGGUCAAUAUUUCAACCUAUGUCCACUGAUGUUUCUUGCAAAUGUACUGUAGUAAAACUACAAAUUAUAUAAAAGUCUAUGUACUGUAAACUGAAUAUUAACGCUCAGUUCACUAAGUAUAUUUUCUAUGACUGCAAAUAAAGUCAUAUAUUACUUUAUAUAUUCU